CCAUCUUCGAUAGUUCUCUAUAUAUAUAUAUAUAUAUAUAUAUAUAUAUAUAUAUAUCUCUUAAAUUCCCAGGCCCUUUAAUAUCUUGCAUUACAUUCUUUUGUGUCAGAACAAGUGUGUUAUACUUCAUACUUAAUAUAUACGUACGUGGGUACAACGUGCAAGUUGAUUAGAAUCUGAACAAUACUCGAGUGUGUUCACUGUUCACAUAGUAAGGGACAAUGGGUGAGACAUUGAACAGAAGGAUCGCCCAUCUUCUUGGUCGAGCAUGUGCAAGAGACAAUGAAGUUCCACGUUCAAUGAUACAAAGGAUUCCUGUUUUAUUGCGUCAAGACCCAAACUUUGUCAAGUACUGCACACCCAAGAUGAUAUCAUUUGGUCCCAUCCAUCAUGGUGAACAAAAUCUCAAAUUGGGAGAAGAAUUCAAACAUCUUUGGGCAUCCCUCUACAUUGAAACAUUCAGCAAACAAGUCCUUGUUAGCACGGAAGAAGGAGCCAAGUUGAAGCAUAAUAUUAUAGUUGCUGAAAUCAAGCAAUUGAGGAACAUGUUCAGCAAGGAUGUGAUUGGAAGCUACAAUGACGACGAACUGAGUUGGUUGUUGCUUGUGGAUGGAUGUGCAUUGCUGUAUUUCUUGGACAAUGUUGAUGAUCAGCAUCCAGAAGCACUGAAUCUAAAGCUUGAUCAGUUGAUGUAUACCUGGAGAGAUAUUUUGUUGCUGGAGAACCAGCUUCCAUUGACGUUGCUGAUGCUGCUAAGUGAUGAAAAGACGGUAUAUCACUUAGAGAAUAUACUGUAUAAUUUUGUAUUCAUGGGCCUUUUCAAGGGAAUUGAGGGGUCGGUAAUAAACCGCAAUGGAGCUAAACCGGUUCAUCUUCUUGAUUAUGUUCGCACCUUUUACACAUUCAGAGAUGAAUACAUAAUAAGUAUGGAUCCUCCUCUUCAAGAAGAAGGCCGUUGGCACAGGUACAAAAAUAUCAGGGAUCUUAGGAAUGCAGGGAUUCAUGUGAAGCUUAACAAGAGAGAAGAAUGGAAAUGGAACAGCGUGUCUUUCACCUCCAACUUGUUUAGCGGAGAAUUGAAGCUUCCAAUGAUGAUAGUGAAUGAUGUCACUCCUUAUUUCUAUCACAACUUGAUUGCAUUCGAGAUGUGCCCGGAUUUUCGCAACAACUUCGAAUUCUGUUCAUAUUUUUUCUUGAUGGAUUCCUUGAUAGACGAAGCCGAGGAUGUGAAGGAACUCAGGUUGGCCGGUGUCCUCCAAAACUUGCUCGGAAGUGACAAAGAAGUGGCCAAACUCUUCAAUGAACUAGGCCAUGAAUUGCCUGCUAAAAUGUGCAAUUACAUGAUCAGAACUAAUGUUGUGGCCUACAGCAAAGGAUAUAUUCAAGUGAAGCAUCAAAUCAAUGAACAUUACCAAAAGAAAUGGAAGACUUGGUUGGCUGAAGGACGCAGCACUUAUUUCAGUACUCCAUGGUCUUUCAUUGCCUUUCUGGCUGCCGUUGCAGCAUUGCUUCUCACUUCUAUUCAAGCUUGGUAUGCUGUACAUCCCAAGAUCAGCAACUAAAAAAUAAGGUUUGCAUCUUAAAUUUUUACAAGAAACAAAGAAAAUACAGCUACUAUAUUGUCUCUGUUGUUUUACUUAGACUUAGUAAUGUAUGUGCUAUAAUGUUGUAAUUGACUUUUGUGUUGAUUUUAUCC